CUUAGCUUUCCCAUAAUUAAACCAAACAUCUCUCUCUCUCUCUCUCUCUCUCCCUCUCUCUCCAUUUUCUUGAUUUCCCUUUUCUCCUCUCACCUCAGAACCUCCCAUCUAUGGCCUAAAAAACAUUCUAGUACUGACCCGUGAGCUUGUUCUUGAUCGUAAGCCGUACCAAAAUUGCACAAACGAAUCAGAUGUCUACAAGAAGUCUAGUGCACAAGAAAAUAUGGUCGUCUGUUAUGCUGGAGUAGCUCACUCUCUUGCUCAUUUCCGAAGCACCGAAAGAACAGGAAAACGUAUCACUCUCCUGCUCAUUCAGAAUGUAAGUUCUCUCUUCUGAUUACUCAUAGAAUCAAGUCAUGAAACCGCACGCCAUUGAUCUUGAAGCGGAGCCCUCCUCUGAAAACGACUCGGAAGACAUCAGCAGCCAAGUUGCCUCCACGAAUUCCAUCGCGAUUCAGUCAGUUUCUGAACCACUUUCCCUCGACUUAACUCUCACCUUCAACUCCACCAUUACCACAGAAGAUCUACCGACAAAGGACUCGGCAGGAUUUUCGAUAUCAAGCACUAGCGAAAGUAGCAACGCCAGGGCUUCUUCAUCGAUUCCACGAGUUUUCCCUUGCAAUUUCUGUCACCGGAAGUUCUUCAGCUCACAGGCACUUGGCGGCCAUCAGAAUGCACACAAGAGAGAGAGAACCCUAGCAAAACGCGCUAUGCGAAUGGGGGUAUUCGCGGAGAGGUAUGCCAAUUUGGCAACACUGCCUCUCCAUGGUUCGGCAUUUCGGUCUUUGGGAAUCGAAGCGCAUUCUUCAGUGCACCAAAGCUUUGUGCCGCCAGUUAGGUCGUUUGAAUUUAGAGGAAGUGGGGGGCGUGAACUAGGGCAUUUGGGUAUGCCUAUUUUCCUGGAGGACGAUGAGACCGAGCUUAUGUGGCCGGGUAGCUUCCGACGGAUAGAUGAGGAACGCCUUAUUGCCAAUUCCCUCGUGAAUAUCUCAGAGGCAGCCCCAACUGCGGACAUAGAUGAGCGUGCGCCGGAUCUCACAUUGAGGCUUUAAGAAGAGAAGAAGUCCUCUUCUUACCCCCCUCUAAUCUAUUUGGUGAUUUGAUGUGUAUGUCUUGCCAUUCUAUAAGUUUUCUUGCAAGGAUUAUUGGGAGCUCCUAUGCUUGUUUAUGCUAUAUAUUAUGCUGUUUAUAUGAGUUAUUUUGUUGUAAUU